CCUCCCACAGAACAGAUUACGUCGCUGUGCACGUCCGAUAACCACCAUUGAUGAUGGCCCUGAUGGCGGCGUUCCUGGCCAUUUGUUGUUUCCUCCUCCUGUCCAUGGCGCCGACGGCUGUGGCCGCGACGGACCACGUGGUGGGGGGCUCGAUCUGGUCGAUCCCUACGAGCAGCGGCCACUACCAAGCCUGGGCGAAGAACAGGACCUUCUUCGUCGGCGACAACCUGGUGUUCAAGUUCGAUCUGGGGAUGUACAACGUGGUGCAGGUAGGCAGCGGGGAGUACGAGUACUGCACGUGGGAGGACCCCUACAAUACCUUCGACGACGCUCCGGCCGUCGUCAACCUCGACUUCCCCGGCGUCCGCUACUUCAUCUGCACCGUCGGCAACUACUGCGAACUCGGCGUCAAGAUAUACGUAACCGUCCAGAAACCAUACUAGCAUCAUCAAACAUCUUUCUCUUCCCUGCCCUGCCGCAUCUGUACUAAUGCUAGUACAUCCGCAUCGAUUAACUGUUCCCAUGAAUAAACACAAUCUUAGAGCGACAA